AUGAACAAUACUCUCCUACACUCUAUAGAAGGUUUUCCUACAUUAUCAAAACUUAGGAGGCUUACAAUGGCAGAUAAUAAAAUUGCAAGUGGUUUAAUAGCUUUAUCACAGGCAAAACUUGAAAAUUUAAAUCAUCUUGAUUUGAGUAAUAACAGAAUAAAUGAAUAUGCAGAACUUGAGCCAUUGAAAAACUUAACGAAUCUUAAACAUUUGAGUUUAAUUGAUUGUCCAGUAACAAAAAGGACAAAUUAUCGAGUCAAAGUAUUUGAAACCGUACCGCAACUUUAUACACUUGAUGCAAAGACUAAUGAUGUAGAUGAGGAAUAUGAGGAAGAUGAUGUUGCGCAAUCAAAUGGUCAUGCAGAUUCUGCUGAUGGAGAGGAAGGUGAUGAUGAUGAAGACGAAUUAAGUGAAUUGGAAUCAAGUGGUUCCAAUGUAGAUGACGAAGGAGGAUCUGAAUCUGAACAAGAUAAAAAUCAGGGAGCUAGUGACGAAGAAGAGCCAGUAAAUGACAACUUAAAUGUUGAAAGUGCAAGUAAGCCAAAGGAUAAAGGAAAAUCAGUCGCAUUUCCAGAAGAUUUACCAACAAGAAGAGAUACUGACGAGGAAGAUUACCAACCUGAUGAGGAGGAUGAAGAAGACAACAGUGAUGAUUUAUCAAAUUGUAGUGAUGAUCUUGAUCCAGUUGAUAUGCCUUCAACUAGUGCAGCUGCAGCUGCAUUGCCAUCAUCAAAACGUAAAGUUCGUGUUGAAGAAAAGGAAGAAAUAUCUACAGAUAACGAUGGUAAUAAUAAGGGUAAAUCGAAGAAUGUCAAAAAACGAAAGAUAUAA